AUGCGCUCCCAACCUCCUACUGCCUGUCCUGGGGAGGGCUUGGGUGCGGGUAAAGUCGAGAGCUGGCUGGGAAGACUCUGCUCGCUGCCGAUUCGACCAACCCAGCUCUUCCCGCCUGCCAUCUUGCCGAUGGUGGUGUUCCCCCUCUGCGGGAACUGUAGCACCGCGCUCUCGUGUCGCCCCCCAGCCGUCGCCAAUUGCGCUUUGGCCACCCGCGCGUCCAAAUGCACGGUCUUGAUCAAUCCGAUCGCUGAGGCAGUACCGCCGGCGCGGAUGUGUCGCCCUCGCGUGCGCGAGAUGGUCCUUGGCAGCGACUCAUUCCCGGUACUCGUCGCCUUGAGCGCCAACGCGAGUCGCGCAGUUCUCCUUGCCGAAGGCGCCGCAUCCACCCGAGCUCCCGCUCGCCCGAUUUCGACCAGCACAACUGUGGGUGCAGGACCAUGCGAGGAGAGAUGCCGCUGCUGCGAUUGCGUUGCUCCGAGUGUCUUCGGCCUAGCACUUGCAGAUCGUGCGGAACGCGUUGGAAUUCGCGCAGCUGGGAUGUUGAGCGACACCGGGAGCAGCAGCGGCGAGGAUAAUCGUAGCGGAAAAGUACGUGGCUCUCCGGAUGCGGUAUCGGCAUCGCCUGACGACCCCCCUGUACCUGCACCUGGUCAACUAGUUUGGGCGCGAGCGCGGGACCGUGCGUGGCGAGACAUUGCCUGGGCAAGUGUGCAGCCAAGAACAUCUUCGAGCGAGCCCGCGCGCGUUUUCCCAGAGUGUGGGACACCCCCGAGCUUGCGGUUGCGCGGUCUCGAUAAGCCCUACCGUGGACUCAUUGCCGCCGGCGUGAACGUGGAGGCCGAUUCGCUUUUGCGCGCGCGAGACGCCCCUCUGCAGCGACUUGUCAGAAGGACGGUCCGAGACGUGUCCGAGUCCAUGCGGCUUGCGCGUCGCGCCAUGCUGAGGAUGGCGAUGGCAAGGAGAAUGGCGGACGAGCACGGCCGUCUCGAGUUUUCCGCUCUUGCGCCCCCCAUCCGCGAACCUCCGAGGUCCGUGCUCUCCGGUCGCCACCCAGCCUUCACGCAUAUUAUCGGGGCUGCCAGACGAUGCUCCUCCGCGCGCUCAACGAGCUUGAGCGCGGGUGUAGAGCCGCUCGAAGGGGGACAGCGCCGCUGGAAACGCGCGCCCGCGAUGAAUUCCGCACGUGUCGUUGGCCAAGGGCUUGCCGCCUCACUUGAGCUCACCAAUCGCGCGAGACGCGUGCAAGUCCGCGCCGUUGCCAUGUCGCGCGACUCGGGACAAUGGGACCGUGGCGAUGAAGUAUGCGGCGUGCGAGCUCUGCUCCGCUCGUGCUAA